GCCCCUAGAUGGCGUGGAUCCUGGAGGAGAGGUGACAGGUGUUCUCUAUUCCCUUGAUUACCUGUGGAGGAGUAUUUAAGGAGGAGGCUGCCAGCAACUCACUGCCAGGGGAAGCAAUCGCAGGAAAAAGGAAGUAGACGGUGGUUGUCGGUGGUGAGACUAAGUCGAAGAAGAACGGUUUUGGUGCGGCGCGGGAAAAACAAAAAUAGAAAUAUAUCGGAUUCGGAAAAGGUGGAUUUGGGUAUAAACUGGUAUGUGAAUGGUUCGGUUGGAAAUGGAGACAGGAAAUGAGGAAGACAUGGAUUUUGAAGGGUGGACGCCAGCUGGGAGAGGAAGAGGGAAAGGACGAGGAAUUUAAAAUAAUAUUGAAACUUAAGAACGAGGAAGAACAGGAUAACAUCAGCCCCAUUGUGGUGUCAAGAGAGAUAAAAAAGAAAAUUGGAGAUGUUGAAAUGGUAAAGAUUUUGAGAGAUGGAAACUUAUUGGUAGUUUGUAAAAAUGAAGAACAAAAGAACAAGGCUUUAAAGGUGGAUAAUAUCUGCAAGAAAACGGUGUUGGAGAAAAAAAUCAUGGGAGAAAAUAAAAAAAUUAGAGGAGUGAUUUAUGGGAUCCCUCUAGAUGAAGAUCUUGAUAAAAUUAAGAGAAGUAUUAUUGGUGCAAAAGUGAAUAACUUGAAGAGAUUGUCAAAAACAAUAAAUGGAGAAAAAGUAGGAAGUAUGUCAAUCUUCAUUGAAUUUGAUGAAAAAGAGUUGCCACAAAACAUCAAAAUAGGUUAUCUUAGCUUUCAGGUGAGAUCUUAUAUCCCUCCACCACUUCGUUGUUUCAAAUGUCAAAGGUAUGGACACAUAGCAGCAGUUUGUAAAGGGAAGCAGAGAUGUCCAAAAUGUGGUGAAGAUCACAAGUUUGAAGAAUGUAAAGAAGAAGUACAAGAAAAAUGUUGUAACUGUGGAGGGCAACAUAGAGUUACGUAUGGAGGAUGUGAAGUAAGGAAGAAGGCAAAAGAAAUCAUACAGAUUAAAAUGACUAAAAACAUAAGCUAUGCAGAAGCAGUUAAAAAUGUGAAGGAACAGAAAACAAGAAAGAUUGAACAAAUAGCGAAUCAAAUUCCACAGCAAAGCAAAGUACAGUCAGAAGAAAAUGUUACAAUAUCAGUAGAAAAACUAAUAUUAUUCGUAGCAUGUGUUAUCAACUGUACUGGCCAAGCAUAAAAUUGAGAAGAUUAA